AUGCCAGACUUCUUCAAGGAACACAAGGACAAAGCCAACAUUCAAGCACAUUAUGCCAAUCUCCACAUUCUUGGUCCUUCCGCCCCCUCCAGCACAUCUCAGAUCAGUUCAAGAAAUGCCUUGGCUGAUGAAGAAUUAAUUUUGCAGUGGCUCUCCAAGUUGGAAGAGGAGCCUGACAAUGCUGACACUGAUGACAAGGACAGCUCUGACGCCGACUUGGAUUUAGAACCAUCUCCAUUUAAUUCGACAUCUUCCUCUUUGGUCACAGAUCGAGCUUUUUGCCAUGAAGAAAUGACUGUCUCGUCAAGCAUAGGCAUUGAGGAGCACAGCCUCCCAGGGUUUUCUCAUCAGGAUGGCAUCCCCAAGGUACCCACCUCUCCAACCAGGGUGAGGGAGAAGGCCCACUGGCACCACUCAUCCUUCAUCUCCUUCUCCUCUUGCCUCUUCAACCGCAUCUCCUCCCCAUUUGACGAGAACACCUCCAUGUUCUCCAGGAGCAGCAACGGCUCCUCCUCCUGGCACCACACCAAUGACCAUGCAUCAGUGGAAGAGGCCCAAGCCCCUGAGCCCUCUAUUCCGUCACCACCAGCCUAUCGACCCGUUCACACCUUCCACCUCCGCCUCCGCAUCGCCAUCCACCAAAUCACUCUUCAUCAACCUCUCCUCAUCAACCUCCUCUUCACGCCUUUCCCCUCCCGCCAACAAGCGCGAGUCCUUCCUCUCCCUCACCUCGACCAACUUGAACCGGUCCUCCCUCGUCCUCCCUUCAUCCCAUCCUCAACUUUCAUCCCCUCAUCCCUCCAGUCACCCUUAACCCGGAAACGCGAACGGCCCACCUUGAUCCAGACCAUGCCCCUCCCUUCGCGCAGCCAUGUGUCGUCAUUCUCCUUUCCUUACUCUGUCCCUAGCGGUGUUUCUCCUUGGAACGCCACCCACAUCAACCUUUCUUCCACACACGAAAAGGAUGCCAUCUUCACCAGGGAUAUGAAAGCCGACUUCUUCCUCACCCUCGAGGAGGAGCCAUCCUCCAUUACCUCUUCUGCCAUCGAUGUUUCUAUUUCUAAGACUGCGACUGUGAAGGGGCGGAGACCGUUCGACCUUGUCAGCGGGGUCAGUGGGUUCAUGGGCGAAGAGGGCGAAGAUGAGAGCUUGGACAAUGAAGAAAAUGGUGGAGGUUAUGGUGGGUAUGGUGCUUGA